GUUUUAAAGAGUGUGAUUUGUGUUAUAGUAAGGUAGUGUUUUAGACUAAUAUUUCUCGUGUUGCAGUGUAAAGUGGUGCAAAAUGUCGGUAACUGUGAUAAUACCAAGGCGUGAUAUUGCGGAGAUAUCCCGGAAUAAAAAUGACGACGGUGAGAUGUCCGACUCGUUCAUGUGGAAAGAGCAGAUCCACACUUUAAUGAAGGGCGGAGAGAGCGAGUCCGAUAUAUCGGACUCAGAGAAUUUCCUCACGAAGGGAGCGUUCCUUCUCACUCCCUCACACGGACUCAGCAUGGAAAAGGCGUCCACAAUCUGUGAGAAGAUGGAGUUUAAAGGCUGCUUCUCACUGACCAAGACGGCUACCGGCAUCCUGUUCAAAUUCUCUCAUGUGGACGACUACCAGAUGGUCUUUAAGAAGGGAUUCCAUAAGGUCACCGGGUCCCGGUUCUAUAGGAAGAUCGCGAUCCCCUGCCGUCCUCAAAAGACGUUCACGAUCUACGUCUACGACAUACCAGACGAGGUCCCAGAAGAAGAUGUUCGCCACGCGCUCUACAAGUUUACAUCUGUCGUUGAAGUUCUGAGACUACACUUCUCUGGAUCUCCAAGAGAAGGCACCUCAACUCCCAAGCCUCACGAUAAGCCUUCGCGGGCGCUAACCACCAUCGAUGGUGAACUCGUCAGCAGCAUGGUGCCCAAGGAAGCAACAAGCGUGCUUCGUGUGACGCUGGCCAACAUUGAAGAAGCCAAUAUCUUACUGCAAAACGGCCUGGACUUCUACGGCGCCACCUACUUCCCCACAGAGUUGGCUACUCCAGCACAGGCGGCUAAACUCAUUAAACCUAGCAGGGUAACAGGAGGAACCGUCUCGGCCCGAGUCCGUGAUCUACUCCCAGUCUUCGAUCAGGCUGGCUUCACCAAGUUCAACCCCCCCGCCUCCCGGCUCGUCAAACCCAGGUCCACUAAGUAACCUGAUCAUCUGGGGCAAAGGGCAAAACACCAACCAGACCAACUGGGGCAAAAUUUUCCAAGAUCCAUGUUUAAAGUUUUUCCCCACCCUUUAAAUCUGUGUCCGCUAAUUAGGGAAAAAAUUCUAAGAUUUAUGUUUAAGUUUCAAAAGGUCACUAGGUUUAAAGAGGCAACUCUUUAAACCUAGUGACCUGAUCAUCCAGGGCAAAAUACCAAUUCUACCAACUGAGGCAAAACUUUCCAAAAUCUGUUUUUGAAGUUUUUCCUGCCUCUUUAAACCACUAAGUAACGUGAUCAUCUAGUGAAAAUACCAACUAUACCCAACUGUGGUAUAACUUUCCAAGAUCUGUGGUUAAAGUUUUUUCCCGCCUCUUGAAACCAAGAUCCAAAAAUUUAUCCAAAAGAGGCAACACAUACCAGAUCACCAGGGGCAAGACAUUUACCGACGACACAUUUCCAAAAUCUGUGUUCAAAAAUGUUGAAUAUUUUUAUAAACAAAUCCAAGCUUAUAGUUCUCGAAUCUGUGUAAUUUUUGGAUCAUGUUUUAAAUGGUAUUCGGUGACGUCUUGCCUCGAUUUUCAUCAAGAAAUUCAUUCAUUAUCAUAUUCAUCGCGACACUUUCAUCAAGACAUCACAAAAUUCACAAAGACUAAACACUUGUCUCAAGAUCUCUAAAGAUUUACAAUAACUUACCUACGCUAUUAAGGUUUUCAUCAUCAUCAUUGUUUUCUUUCAUAGUCUCUUAUUUACUAACUGUAAAUGUAUUAUUACAGCUUAUGAAGAUCUGGGACAACACGGAAAUAACAACUAAAACGUAAUCGCACUAAUUGUAAAUACAACACAACACACAGACGAUUUAACAACAAACUCUGCAAAACACAACACAACACAAUCAAGAACAGAAGACUGGCUUUUGCUAUACAAAAAUAGUAGGCGCUUUUUUUAAAGAUACAUUUACCAGAUUUUUCGUGGCUAUCUAGCCGAAGUGGCAAUUGUUGACGCUUUGUGGCAAAUCGAAACGCAGUCUAGUUCUGUCGCACUACUUCAGAAGAGCGAUAGAGAGAGCUGGCUGCAAUACCAAGCGUAAGCAAUUGUGGUUUGUGGCGUUGGCUAGGUACCCAGGUCUUACCAAUCUGCAUUUCAGAUAUAGAUUUAAUACUCACUAAUGUGCCAUUGACGUUACUUAAUAGCUAUAUUAUUUUGUUAAUAAAUUGUAUAACAAAUUCGCA